GGCGUAAAGGUUGGGCGAUGACGCCCAUUUUUUUUUUCUCACCUGUUUUGUCAUCGUAUGUCUAUGAUUAAACCUUACUGAAGAAGAAGUCCGUUGCUGUAACAGUUUGUUCCAAGCGAAAUACAAAUAAUCCAACAAAGCAAUGAUUAUAUUCAACGCGUUGAAGAGAUCCUGCUCUGCGUUUGUGCCCUGGAGGAGGCAGGUGUUGGACAAUGGCAGCCUACGUAGAAUGUGUAGCAAGCCAACGGACCGCAGCUCAGAGCCACACACAAAUCAUACAACUCCAGUGGUCCCUGCCGACCAUGGUUUCAGGGUACCUGGCUACAAACCCACAGACUUUGAUAAGAAAAUCCUCAUCUGGUCUGGUCGCUUCAAGAACAAGGAACAGAUCCCUGAACAGAUCUCGUUUGUGAUGAUCGACACAGCAAGGAACAGGGUUCGUGUGAAGGUCUGUUAUGUCAUGAUAGCCAUGACCGUAAUAUCCUGCCUGGGCAUGGUUUACCUGGGGAAACAGGCUGUAGGAAGGCAUGAAUCUCUCACUAGUUGGAACAUGGAAAAGAAAGCCCAGUGGCGGGAGGAAGCACACAGAGAGAGGGAGGCCAUUGCCACUGACAAGGCUCAGUGAGGACCACACCCUGCUCCACCCACCAAAAACGCCUUUAAAUUUGGUGUGCACCACAUGAUUUCUGGCAGCAUUGGCAGAUCAGAGAAAUACAUUAAGGGGAAGUAAUUAGAAAUCAGCUGUUAGAAAUUGUUUUUUAUUUUCAGGUAUUUUUAUAAUAUUGCUGUGAUUCUAGCAAACAGGAACCAUUUAUUUCUGUUGGAAAUUAAUGUAAGCAGUGUGUGCUCCCCUCCUACUUCUACUGGGGUAAUGACUUACACAUCCAUUCAUGUAUAUACUGUGGAACAACACAAGAUAUGAACACUUUGUGUCACUUUGUGAAUGUUCAUAACUUUCAAAAUUCUCAACUUUUAAGAAUAUUAUCUAUUUAUGGGGGUAUGUUGUUGAUCAUGUAAUAACUAAUGCAAUAAAAAGACAAUUAUUUUGAUCAGUUUCAUAUUCACAUUGAGGCACACACACACACACACACACACACACACACACACACACACACACACACACACACACACACACACACACACACACACACACACACACACACACACACACACACACACACACACACACACACACACACACACACACACACACACUUGCCACCCCACACGUUUUGUGCUAAAUAAAAGGCUAAGCAGUUUGGUCUGAAAAAACAACUCAACCUCUUGACCAUGUCUGCAUGCUUUUAUGCAUUACGUUACUGCUGCAUGAUUGGCUGAUUAGAUAUAUUAGCUGAUGAUAGGUUUAAUAAACUGUUUGGAACAUCAUCAAGAAGAGAAUACUGGUGAGCUCAGUGAUUGCAAAGGGGCUGGUAGGCUAAAGAAGAUAUCUACUUUUGAUGACAGAAGAAUUGUCACCGCAAUGAAGAUAAACCAACAAACACCUAUCCGACACAUCAGAAAUACUCUUCAGGAGAAGGCAGAAAUCGAUCUACAGAGGCUACACUGCAAGAUGUAAACAACUAGUGACUUGGAAAAACAGGAUGGCCAGGUUACAGUUAAGUAGUACAUGAAGCUAGACAUGGCAGAGCUCCUUCAUAUAUUUCUGAGCUUUUAGUACCAUAUUGUUCUGGGAGAUUGCUCAGGUCCACACAGGGAUCUUCUUAGUCCCGUGCUCUAGAUUUAAAAAUAAAGGUGAUAGAGUCUUCUCUGUGAGGGCUCCUAAGCUCUGGAAUGCACUAUAUGUUGACAUUAGAAAGGCAGAGACGGUUGACAGUUUUAAGUGACUUUUAAAAACACACUUUUUUUUUGUUCGGCCUUUGGAUGAAUUAUAUUUUUUAAGGAAAAAAUGUUAAUUUUAAUUUAAGUUCAAGUUGUGCUGUUAUCUGUGCCGUCUGUGCUGUUGGUCCAAUUUCAUGUUUUAUGUUUUAUUAAGUGCUUUGGGUGCCAUGUUUCUAGCACUAUAUAAAUAAAGUUAUUCAAAUAAA